GCAGAAUGGAACAUACCUGGUUCUGUUUGCUACUCUUUCUGACAACCAUCAUCUACUGUAAGCCCUCUGAAGAUCAUCAGAUGCCAAGGAACUCCAACUUCAGUGAUCUUGUAGAACAGGUUGUAACUGAUCAACCCAAGCCUUUCCUGAGUGUCUCUCCUCAGUGGUUGAACCCUGGAGACUCAGUGACUCUGAGAUGUCGGUUUAACAAGACAUCCAUCCACUGGAGGUUCUUCUGGUACAGGAAUGUUUCUUCAAAUCAGUCCUACCCUUUUAAGCCCCUAUCUGAUGAUGGGACUACUGAAGAAAAUUACACUCUGAGUCCUGCUGGUCGUAUUCACACAGGAGAAUAUGUGUGUAGAGGCGUAGAACGCCGCAUAUUGUACACAGAAUACAGUGAACCCCAGUUUCUCUGGUCAGGAGUUUUAGAUCUGCAGUCUGCAGUCUCUCUGACAGUAAAUCCUAACAGAACUCAGCAUUUUACAAGGACAUCUGUCUCACUAAGCUGUGAGGAGAAAGGAAACUCUACUGGAUGGAGACUGAUGAGAUACACAGACAGAGGAACAGAGUCAGGGUGUGUUUCAUACAACGGAACAAUAGAAGGGUCCACAUGUAACAUCAGAAACACUCUGAUUCAGGACAGUGGAGUGUACUGGUGUGAGUCUGGAUCAGGAGAGAACAGUAAUGCUGUCAACAUCACAGUGACUGAUGGUGAUGUGAUCCUGGAGAGUCCCGUCCAUCCAGUGACUGAAGGACACACUGUGACUCUAGUCUGUAAACACAGAAAAAACAUAUCAAACAUUAUUAACACUGAUUUCUACAAAGAUGGAGUACUGAUCAGGAAUGAGAUCACAGGAGAGAUGACCAUCCCUGCAGUAUCAAAGUCAGAUGAAGGCUUUUAUAAAUGUAAAUCUAAUGAAGGAGAAUCACCUGGAAGCUGGGUGACAGUUACGGGUAAAAAACAAUUCUGA